AUCCGAGACAGUAACACCAGUAAGCCAUGGUGCAAGUGAAGGUUACCGAAGGUUUCCUAGAGGGGGAACUUGUUAACAAUGAAUUUGGAGGGCAGUUCUGCAGCUUUAAGGGCAUACCCUACGCUCAGCCACCUGUUGGUGACUUAAGAUUCAAGGCUCCACAACCUGCAAAACCAUGGGACGGAAUAAGAAGCGCAAAAGAGUUUGGUUCAGUAGCCUAUCAGCAUGACAUGUUCAAUAUGUACCCUCCGCGAGGCGGCGAAGACUGCUUAUACCUUAACGUGUACACCCCGGAACUAAGGCCCGAUAAACCCUUACCAGUCAUGGUCUGGAUACACGGAGGAGGAUUCAUGUCCGGCAGUGGCAACGAUGACAUAUACGGCCCGGAGUUCCUUGUCAGACAAGGCGUUAUAUUGGUCACUUUCAACUACAGACUUGAAGUGUUAGGCUUCCUCUGUUUAGACACCGAAGACGUACCUGGCAACGCUGGCAUGAAAGAUCAGGUAGCCGCUUUAAGAUGGGUUAACAAAAACAUUUCCAAUUUCGGCGGUGAUCCUGACAAUGUAACCAUUUUUGGUGAGAGUGCUGGCGGUGCUAGUGUCAGCCAUCAUUUAGUGUCACCUAUGUCGAAAGGAUUAUUUAAGAGGGCUAUAGCUCAAAGUGGUGUCACAACUGCCUCUUGGGCUAAAACGUUUAAGCCACGCGAAAGAGCGCUAGUAUUAGCGCGGCAAUUGGGUUACGAAUCUGAAAACGAAGAAGGAUUGUAUGAGUUCUUCAAAGCUGUGCCAAUUGAAUCACUGAUUCAUAAACAAACACCUAUUUCAUUUGCAGAACAAGAAUGUUCUUGUUUCCAGUUAUAUUUUGGAAUUGUUUGUGAAAAGAAAUUUGGAAACGAUGAGAGAUUCUUCUUUGAUAGAGUUUCUGACAAUUUAGAGAAUAACUGCAUUCAUGAAGGUGUCGAUGUAAUCACAGGUUACACUAAAGAUGAAGGUGUUUUAAUAUAUGCGUUUGGUGAAUUAGCUAAGAUGAUUAAACAGGCAAAUAGCUUGAGUACAUAUUUCACCCCUAAACAUAUUUUGGAAAACUUGCCACUUAGCGAUCAAAUUGCGGUUGGAAAAAAGAUCCGAAACUAUUAUAUGAGCAAUAAAAACAGAAAACAGGAUUGGGAAAAGCUGGCCAGCUACUUCGGUUUUGAGAUGUUUAUAUACCCCGCUCUUAAAUGGACAAAAAUCGCCUCAAAAUCAAAAAGGAAUAAGAUCUACCUUUACAGAUUCAGUUGUAUCUCUGAAAGAAAUAUAGCAUGUAAGGUUAUGCUCUUGGAUCGUGUAACUGGGGGCAAACCAUUAACGGCUCAUGUUGAUGAUCUGUUUUACUUGUUUAACAAUAAACUUGGACCAAAAGCAGACAUUAAUUCGAAGGCGUUUAACCAUAUUGAGAACGUGACUAAGCUUUGGACCAACUUUGCUAAAUACGGAAACCCGACACCAGACUGUGAGCUAGGAGUGAAAUGGAGUCCUUAUUCAUUCGGGAAUGAAGAGUUUCUAGAUAUUGGCAAUGUGCUGGAGGCAGGCACUGCUCCGGAAAGUGACGAGUUUCAGUUCUGGGAUGGCAUAUUUAAGGAAUAUCUUCCCCAAUUAGAGAACCGAAUAUUCUAUCGUUCAUAUUAUUUAAGCGUUGCCGAGCUGUGUCGGUUGUCAAUAAUGGUGCAAGUUAAAGUUACUGAGGGUGUCCUGGAGGGAGAGCUGGUGGAUAGUAAAUAUGGGAGCAAGUUCUGCAGCUUCAAGGGGGUACCGUACGCUCAGCCGCCACUAGGUGACUUAAGAUUUAAGGCACCUGUUCCUCCUAAACCAUGGACUAGAGUUCGCAAAGCCAAAGAAUUUGGACCGAUAUGUUACCAAUAUGAAAUGUUUUUCGACAAGGGAGCUCGAAAUGGCAGCGAAGACUGCUUGUAUCUCAACGUUUAUACACCAGACGUUAACCCUGAGAAACCACUGCCUGUCAUGUUCUGGAUCCACGGUGGAGGACUAAUCUCCGGUAGUGGAAAUGAUGACUUCUAUAGCCCCGAGUUCCUAUUGAGACAAGGUGUUGUCGUUGUCACCAUCAAUUACAGACUUGAAGUAUUUGGUUUCCUUUGUUUGAACACUGCAGACGUGCCUGGUAACGCCGGAAUGAAAGAUCAAGUCCAGGCUCUCAGGUGGGUGAACAAAAACAUUUCUAACUUUGGAGGAGAUCCAAACAAUAUCACCAUAUUUGGAGAAAGUGCCGGUGGGGGCAGCGUGAGUUACCACUUAAUAUCACCAAUGUCGAAAGGAUUAUUCCAAAGAGCCAUAUGCCAGAGUGGUGUGAGUCUUUGUCAUUGGAUGCACGGUUACUAUCCCCGAGACAAGGCUCUAGCAUUGGCUAGAAAGCUGGAAUUCUACUCUGAGGAUGAUAAGGAAUUAUAUGAGUUCUUUAAAAAACAACCAAAGGAAGCUCUGGUUGAGAUAAAUGAUGUACCUUUUACUCUAUUCGAAUUAACGGGACAACCUAGUGUUGAAUUCAAUAUUGUGGAUGAACGAAAAUUCGGCAAUAAUGAAAGAUUUUUCUACGGUGAUCUUAUGGACGUUGUUUCCAAUGGCACUCAUGAGGGAGUAGAUAUUAUGACCGGAUAUACUGCCGACGAGGGUAUGCUGGCUUUGGGUAUCAUAAAGGAUUUAGACAAAGUUCUGUUCGCAGCAAGGAACUUGCCACAGGUCUUCGUUGGCGAGGAGGUCUCACUUAACUUAUCAGUAAAAGAUCAGAUAGAAAUGGGGAAGAGGAUAAGAAAUUAUUAUUUCAAAAACCAAGCUAAAUAUAACUGGAAGGAUUUAGCAAGAUUUUAUUCAUUUGAUCUGUUCGUACUGCCUGCAUUGAGAUGGAUCAAGCUUUGUUCUCGAACAAAGAAAAACAAAACCUAUUUAUACAAGUUCACCUGCAAAACUGAAAGGAAUAUCACUUCCAAUUUAAUGGGACUAGGACACCUGCUUCAAGGUGAAAUCGUUGUAGCUCAUGGUGAUGAACUUAUGUAUCUUUUUAACGCUCACGAAGCAGCUAUGGAUAUUAACGUAAACUCUGAUGAUUUUCAACACAUUGAAAGAAUUACAAAACUUUGGACAAACUUUGCAAAAUACGGAAACCCUACACCUGAUGGAUCUUUGGGCGUGACCUGGAAGCCUUACACCAUUGAAAACCAAAAUUAUCUGGACAUCGGUAAUAAGUUAAGUACAGGGACAUCGCCAGAUGAAGAAGAAUUACAGUUCUGGGAGAAAAUAUUACAAGAGUUUGGUCAAAAACUUUAUUAGAAUAUGU